GGCUCGCAGCUUUUGCGGCUUUGCGUGUCUUUCCGCUUGCCAUGUAAUUAUGUCCGGUGACGCUGGCGUGCCGGUGGAUAGCGCCGCCCAGGCUUUGGUCCUCGGCACCGCAGAUGAGGACCUGGAGCCUUGUGACGCUGGCGUGCCGGUGCAGAGCACCGCCCAAGCUUUGGUCCUCGGCACUGCAGAUGAGGACCUGCAACCUUCACAGCUGACGCAGUCCCAAGGCGUAGGGCCUGUGGAGUCAGAUGAGCGCCUGGGGUUUGCCUUUCGGCCCUCGCGAGAGACAGCAGACAGACGGUCUGAUCCAGCCCAGUUGAUCCUGAGCAAGCUUCAGGAAUGCGCCAGUGAUGUAGACCUUGGUGCAGUGUCGGAGCCCGUCCAGCUCUUCCUCGAGUGCGAGACGGACCAGAAGCUGUACCAGGCGACGUUCGCAAUGCUUGAGCGCGUCACUGCCUCCAAGAAUACGUUGGUGGAGGUUGGCGACGACUCCGCGUUCGACAUCAACCUCCUGGCUCCGGUGCCGAUCAUCACAGCGGUGCAGACCAUGUGCAAGGCACAGGGCUGGUGGGCCGAGGCAGCCCUGCAAGGCCUCUUUACUGUCACCGGCUGGCUGGAGCACGUGGACACCAGGAUCCAGAUCUCGGAGGGUGAGGAGCAUGCCAGAACACCCACCUUGGCAGCGUUCUUCGGUUCGCGGGCAAGCAACCGCAAGAGCUCCAUGCAUAAGUGGCUACUUCAAGAGCUGCUCGACAUCGACACGCUGCCGCACGGCGUCAAGGGCUCGGCGGCAAUCGCUACCGACGCGACCAUCAAAGGUCACCGCAACAACCUGUACAAUUACAGACGCUCAGGCCUCUCUUCGACGGAGCUGAGCGAGACCUACAAGACGUCGUGGACCGACCCAUCCAUCCCGCAAGCCAAGCUGGCGGCCAAGUCUCUCAUCAACAAGUUCGUGCACUCAGAGCGCGAUGCCUCCCUCACCGGAGCAAUGGUGGACGACAACUCCAACUAUAGCUUCUAUCAUUGGAUCAUCGGACACGUUCAGCCGCUAUCGGAGGUUCUGUCUUUGAGGAAGGGGGCCGAAGUCGGCUUCCCGAAACGUUUCCACAUCGUCGUGAAGGGCAUGAAGCCGGCCACGAUACCGGAGCAGGAGUGUCUAGAGUCCAAGCAGUUCCUUGCCGACUUCAUUGUCUUCAUGGCCGAGAGAGCCACGCAGGGGGAUGAGCCCAACAAAGGCGCCACGGUCACGUGCGAUGAGUUCGCUGCCGGCUGGCUCAG